CAUACUUUUAAAUCAAUGUGGGAUAUUUUUUCAUAUGUGACUUUUAAAAUUUUUUACAGACUUUAUGUGUGCCUGUUUCUUUCGCGAACCUGUGUUAGUUUUUUAUCGUAAAGUCAGUGUGUAGUCAAAAGCUGGAUAUUUUGCCCAGAAAGAUCCUCCAGUCAGAUGCUUUACCUGCUAAAAUAAUGAAUUGAUCGCUGUGAGUUUUCCUCUCCCUGGUGAUUCUUCAGUGGAUGCUGGUGUGGAACGUGGUGUAAGACUGGAUUUUCGAGAAUGUGGAGGGACGUUAAUCUGUGCAGCAACAACGGACGACGCCAGCGCAAUGGAUAAAGCAGUGAGAGCCGUUGAAAGUAGAGAAUUGUCACAGUACGCAGCAGCCCGAGUGUAUAGAGUUCCUCGCACGUCACUGUGGGAGCGUCUGAAAGGUGUUCGACGAAUGAAGCCAGGCGAUCAGGCCCGAAACUUCAGUGCGGCCGAGGAAGACUACAUCGAGCAGUUGCUUUUAAAAUGCCCAGAACAAGGUGUUCCCUUGAAUAAGGCCAUUCUUAGGCGAAUCAUCCCCACAUUGGCGUCCACAAAAGAUAUGCCGGAAAGACGAAAAAAAUUUACGGAUUUUUGGCAUCGCGAGUUUUUGAAGCGCCAUCCAAAAAUUUCCCAGCGGAUUUCACACGGAGUGUCCAGAAAGAAAGCGAGACAGUGGACGCCCACAACGCGUGAAGGAUGGAUACGGCUCUUGAGCGAUCUCCAUUGCAGUGGAGGGCUAACUGAUCCGCGUGGCAUAUGGAACUUUGACGAAUCAGCAUUUCAAGUGGCGGAGAAAGUCAUUACUGUUUAUGCGCUGCGGGGAACAAAGAACGUUCUCUCUUAUUUUGAUGGAAACGAUAGAGAACUAAUUACAGUCCUCGCUGGUGGAAAUGCUGCAGGGGAAAUAUUGCGGACUUUAAUUCUGUUUGACGGGAAAGUUUUUUUGACGUCUCAUUUCCACGAAACGAGCAACCGCUGCCACAUUGGUUUUAAUUCUUCGGGAGUUAUGGACAAUGCCACGUUUACUUCUUACAUUCGAGAGGAAGUAAUUCCACGCAUGACGGCGGAAAAGUUGACGACCAUUUUUCUCAUAUGUUCAACUUGGAAUUUUUUGUCGGAGUGUGUGAAAUCUGAUAAAGAAAUUUCGGUCGUCAUACUCCCAUCGGGCCAGACUGGUAAACUGCAGCCAAUGGAUCUGCGGGUUUUUGGACCGUUAAAGAAAUAUUGGCGGGACUAUCUGCGCAAAUUAACCCUUACACCGACGGAAGAGGUAACAAAGCAGAAUUUUGCCGCUCAUUUUGUGAAGAAUUGGGACAAUUUCAAUAUGUCGGCAAACAUUGUGUCUGGUUUUGUGGCAAGCGGAAUAUAUCCGUUUAAUCCCGAAGCGGUUUGCCAGGCGUACAUGGAGCCUGUAGCCGCUCCAGUUUCUGAGGAUGUGCCAUUGUCAGUCGCUAAUGUGUACGUUUCGGAGCUGGAGAAAGUGAGAGUUGCAUUGCGCGAAAUUCAUUUAUUAAACGAGGCCGCUGUCGAAAAUUGUAUUGAGUUUGUUGUGAGACAAGCUGAAGGAUUUGUGCCUGCUGUUGUUCCCGAAAAACUUGCUGAUGAUUGGCAUCUAAGCGUUAUGGGCGCCCAUAAUCCCAAGAAACGCAAGCUGAAAGAAUCUCGUCUCCAUGCCGAAGCAGGCCUUAUUGCAACAGAUUCCAAAGUUAUUGCUGCUUUAGAGCAGCGGGAAAAGGAGAAAGCAGAGAAGAUGAAAAAGUCGAAGAAAACGACUGCGCGCGCUCUAACCGACGUUACGAAUACACCUCAAAAAAAGCGGUUUAAAAUGGCGAAAAAAUAAAACAUCGGUAUU